CAGAGAAUUGGUUGAAUGUACGGUUUGUGACCGGGUGCGCGCGGAGUGCGGGGUUUUGCCGCGCUGCGCAAAGCGCCCCGCACGCCGCGAGCCGGCAGGCUCGCCGCUACGUCCGUCCGACAGUCGUGUCUACGGCGCCACACCAGACGCUCGCGCGCUUCUCUACCCCGACCGGCUCACGAAUAAUGUUUCAGUGUUUGCCAAACUCAAUUGGAGGUCUCGGUAGAAGUAUCGUAUUUAAUAGUUUACACUGUAUAACCAACAGCAUAGUCUCAGUGAGUGUUACGCAGUGUGUACGGAAAAAACUUUGUCGAAGAUUCUGAAGAAUCUUUCGUAAAUUGUGUAAAUCGCCGGCCGCGGUCGGAUAGCGUUUUGCACAAACUUUUCGACGGUGUGCGUUGAACCCAUCGCGCGCAUCGUCCCUGUGAUAAGGGGCCCUGUGAUAUCGACGACUUCGUCUUAGCUUUAAAACUAGUUAGUCCUUAGAAAUUAAACAAAAUGUCGGCGACCGACACUCAGAUAUUCCCAUUCGACUUCUGGGAUACGUUGGACGAGGAGUCAAUGGAGCUGACUCAAACAUCAGAGUUCUGGACGCAAGUCCAGUACGAGGCAGAGCGGCUGGACUUGGUGCCCCCAGCGGAUCUAGAAAUGCUCCAAGAUGAGCUGGAUUGGAGAAUAUUGGACGCUCCGGAAGAGUUAGAACAUAAAGAGAACAUAGUCCACCAUGACUGUAUGUGGGCAGGCUCGUGCGCUGAUUCCGUUCAUCCUACGAACACAUUUGUACCAUCCGAGCUGUCGCGGGCAGCCACGCCGGGGCCGGGACAGAGCCUGCUCCGACGGGAUAUGUCACCGCCUAGACCGGACACUCCGCCUUCGCUGGACGGGGACGAACCCCCCCAGUUCCGCCAUGCCGUCGACGUCGUGGGCACAGCGCAGCGCCUGCUGAGGGACUCCGCGGCCGUCGCCGCCGACCACUCCUACACCCUCGCCCGGCAACAGUUCGACAAUCUGGGCGUGCAAACACCGUCUGACUCCUGUGAAUCAGAGGAGGAAAUCGACGUGGUAUCCCUCGGCACGUCGCAGCUGCCUUUGGCCGUAACCCAUGUGCGCACAGACUCGCUCCCACGCGUGCCGUCAGCUCAGGAACGCCAGCACAUCCAGCGGACAGUAGCCUCAGCCAUGAGUCCUCGACCAGCAGCUCGCAAGCGCUUGGUCCCGCCAACAACAACGGCAGCCGCUGUCCCGCGCCGAAGAGCGCGCGGCCCCGGCCGCCGCGGACGCCGCUCCAACACCGACACUGACUCCGAAGCCGAAGCCCCAGAAAUGGAGCGACGCUCUAUACACAACGACAUGGAGCGCCUCCGGCGGAUCGGCCUCAAAAAUCUCUUCGACGAACUCAAGAAACAGAUCCCAGCCACGAAAGAUAAGGAACGCGCUCCAAAGGUCGUUAUACUCCGCGAAGCCGCUUCACUGUGUCGUAAGCUCAGAGAAGAAGAGAUCGAGCGCGAAUGUCUUAGAAAGCAGCAAAACAAACUCCUCACCAAAUUGAAAAAGCUCCGCACUAUGGCGGUCGCGCGCUAUCGUCCGUAUUGAGAGGCGCGCCGCCUCUCCUUGGUUUUAGCUUGUUCCUUGCGGAACUCCCAGGGCCUUAUCCAUGUGACAUUAUGAACUUUUGUACGUAAGUCGCUUCACAACCUACUGGACGUUGUAAAUGGGCCCGGUAGAACGAGGAGCUCGCCCGUUUAAGUCCCUGGUCGGGAGUAUAUGUAACAGUUUCAGCUUUAAUGGCUUACUCUGCUUCUGUGGGAAAGUACUGAAGUUUUAAAUCAAUAACUCGAGUUAUUAUGUUUUGCUCAACGAUAUUAUACAGUGCCAAAGUGAGCCAUAAAACUGUUUUUUACUAUAAAUUCCUAGGUUCUCAGUAAAAUAUCUUAACUCACAGACUGCUUCGUGAACUAGUAGACUGGUUGUACCUCUAAAAUGUUUUUGAAUUAUCAUUAAAGUAUAAAUAGUUGACAUAGCGCAUUACAGAUUUACUCCGUGUUGAAUAUUCGAAAAAGAUAUGACAUUUGUUGAUAUUGUUUCGAAACAGUAACGAAGAUUUUUUACUGGACCUUCCAUUUUUAAGAUAAAUAGAUGAUAAUGUACCAUGGUGUUUCAGUGUCACGUUUAAAUGUAUGAUGCGAGUUUUCGGAUGCUGUAAAUAGGGUUGGGAGCGAAGCUAGUGAUGUGUUUAAAGAUUGUUUGGGCGGGCGUCGCGAGCGCGCUAGAUGUCGUUCGAAAGCGCGCUCAGCGCCGCACGCGCCGGCGCCGCUCCAUGUUCGAGGUUGAAGGAGACACGCUGGCCAAUAUAUAUGUUUUCGGGCCGAUAAGUAGGUUUUCUAUUACAGUCCUCGACCCAGCGAGCGCCGGGCGAGGUAGUGAUAACUUGUUUUAAAUGAUAUUACUAUAAGUUAAAAAAAUACUUAGGUUAGUUCGCUUAUGUUUUUUAGCGUUUUGUUAUUUUGUAUAAAUUUAACACUUAGAUGUUUUUUACAUGUAGUCGCGCAAUUAACUCCGAUUCACUAUUUUAGCACAUGGAUUACCAUGGAUUGGAUUAACGUAUUGGACCAUUUUAAGCGUUUAUACAUAUAUUUAAUUUACAUUGUAUUGCAGCUACAAAUAAAUUGUUAUCGCAUAUUCUGAUCGCUUAGCAAUAUAAAAUAAAAUCACCAAGUAUGACAUAGAAUAUGACAUUUUAAAAUGUAUUUUCCGCUUGAAAAUAAAAUGAUACUUUAUUCGUAUUGAUAUCGCAAUAGUUAUGUCCGAUUGA